AUCUCUUUCCUCACCAUUCAAUCCCAUCACUGUUUUUCACUUCCGUAUUAUAAAUCUCAACCCUUAAUCGUCGCCACCCCUUUCUACUCCCCUGCUGUUUCUCUCUGCUUUCCCUACUACUUUCACUCCUUCCUUCUCUGCAUACCCAACUCCGUAAAUUUUGCAUCUUCUUCGCGCAUUUCUUGAUCUGGCUCUGCCUUUCUGAUCAUUCAGACAAGUUUUACAAGUGACCUUUUUGGCACCUUGAUUAGCCAAUUGGGGGAGGAGAGAAGGUUCAAAUGAUGCAUGGACAAACAGUAAAUGACCCUGGACAGGAAAUAAAGAUAAAUUUUGGGUAUCAAUGCAACUAUAGCAAUAAUAAUUCUUGUGAUGAAUCUGAUGGUAUUGAUAUCUCCCGUGGAAUUAAGCUGCGAAGAGCGAAUAGUUCGUUCUCGUGCCUGUCUGGAGCUGCUUUAAGUGCCAAUGCCACAUUGGUGAACACGAAUAUUUGCAAUGGAUUGAUGGGUGCAGAGAUCCUGCCAGCGUUGGACUCCCCCAAGUCUUUCCGACGCAUACCCUCUUCAACCUCUUUCUCGAAUUUGUUGUCAUCAUCGCUGCCAAGUAGUUUUACGAACUUCAGUUUUGGUCCAUCGUCUCCUAGUGAUGGGCCUGAGUAUGAUUCCUUCACUCUGAAGUCCUUGAGUGCUGCCUCCAGAAAUGAAAGUUUCCUGAGCGCAACAGAAGUACAAGUUGCGGGUGGUGCUGCUGGUGAAGACAGAGUUCAGGCUGUUUGUUCAGAAGAGAACGGGUGGCUUUUCUGUGGCAUAUAUGAUGGUUUUAAUGGACGAGAUGCAGCUGAUUUUCUGGCUGGAACAUUGUAUGAAACAGUCAGGUACUACCUGAACCUGUUAGACUGGGAACUUGAGCAGGAAUCCAUUGCAGAUUCUGAGUGUCUAGAUUUAGAUGAAACCCUCCAAGAUGUUAAUAAGAAACCAAUUGGGGUUCAUUCUUUUGGUAGCGGACUUUCUUCCAUGGAAUUGGAAAAACCAUGUCGCUCUUUUAAGCAUAAGGUACUGAAUAGCCUUCAACGGGCUGUUAAUCAAGCAGAGAAUGAUUUCCUAUAUGUGGUCGAACAGGAAAUGGAGGACCGACCUGACUUAGUAUCUGUAGGAUGUUGUGUCUUACUUGUGCUUCUUCAUGGAAAGGAUAUGUAUGUGCUCAAUCUAGGUGACAGUCGAGCAGUAUUGGCAACAUAUAAUGAAGGCGGUCGUACUUAUGAUAACAAUGGACUACAAGCUGUCCAGCUCACAGUUAGUCAUACAGUUGAUAAUGAGUGUGAAAAAACCCUACUCUUAAAUGGUCAUCCCGAUGAUCCCUCACCAAUUGUGGCCGGGAAAGUUAAGGGAAAGCUAAAAGUUACUCGAGCCCUUGGAGUUGGUUACCUGAAAAGGAAAAUCAUGAAUGAUGCAUUGAUGGGCAUUCUUAAAGUUCGUAAUUUGAUUAGUCCUCCAUAUGUUUCUGUACAGCCAUCUCUAACUGUACAUGAAAUUUCAAGCACUGACCACUUUGUUAUACUUGGGAGUGAUGGUUUAUUUGACUUCUUCACCAAUGAUGAGGUUGUCCAACUUGCUCGUUCUUACAUACUAAAUAAUGCUUCUGGUGAUCCGGCAAAGUUCCUGGUGGAGCAGCUUGUAUUGAGAGCAGCAGAUUGUGCCGGUUUCAGCAUGGAAGAGCUGAUGAGCGUCCCUGCUGGCAGGAGGAGGAAAUAUCAUGACGAUGUGACAGUAAUUGUAAUCAUCCUCGGGAUGAAUCAACGCACCUCCAAAGCAUCAACAUGCCUUUGAGUGCAAAAGCCAAAAGACCAAGUAAAAGCUAGAUUUUUAUAAUGUUUUCUAGUUAGAAUAUAGUUUGUCAAUCUUUGUUCUGAAAUCUGUACAUAUAUUCACAAUCUUUUCUUCGUAUUCAAGGAUUUUGAUCUGUAAGUAGCUUGCUUCCCCAUUCUUGGCAAUGCAAUGAAAAUCAUUUGCCUUUUCCCUUGA